AUGGCCGUGACCCCACAUCGCAGGGUGCGCCGCUCCAUACCGGCCGUGCUGAUGCGCGCCGGGACCUCCAAGGGUCUCUUCCUACACCGAAAGGACCUCCCGGCCUCGGAGUCAGAAUGGGCCGCCCCUCUCCUGGCCGCCAUGGGCUCAAAGUACGACGACGCGCGCCAGAUCGACGGCGUCGGCGGCGCCAGCAGCGUCACCUCAAAAGUCGCCGUCGUCGCGCCCUCCUGCCGGCCGGGCGUCGACGUUGACUACACCUUUGUUCAGGUUGCCGUCGGCAAGGAGAACAUCGACCUGACGGGCAACUGCGGCAACAUGUGCGCAGGCGUGGGCCCGUUUGCCAUCCACGAGGGCCUGGUCGUCCCGCCGCCGGGCGUGCAGUUUGUCGACGUGUGCAUCUUCAACACAAACACCGAGAGGCUCAUCAUCGACACGGUAGAGGUCGACGAGGACGGCUGCGUGGUCGAGGACGGCGCCUUCCACAUCCCGGGCGUCAAGAGCCCCGGCAGCGAGAUCAGAGUCGCUUUCGUCGAGCCCGCCGGCAGCAUGACCGGCAGGCUGUUUCCCAGCGGCCGGCGGAUCGAGAGCAUGCAGGUUGGCGAGGUGGCCGGCCUGCCGGCUUUCGCGGUCGACAUGACGCUCAUCGACGCGGCGAACCCGUUUAUUCUCGUCGACUUCGAGACGCUCCCGGGGCAGGUGCAGACGCGGCCGCGGGACUCGCCGCUCGCGCUCGAGGUGGCCGAGGCCCUUCGUCGGCGCGGCGCGGUCCUCAUGGGCCUGGCUGACAGCGUAGAGGCCGCCGGGCUGGUGCGCGGCACGCCAAAGCUGGCGUACGUGUCCGCGCCGCCGCCGUCCGCCGACAGCCUCGGUGGCACGACAACAGACGACUUGCCGACAGCCACUUCACCGGAUUUAGUGGUCUGCGCGUACAGCAUGGGCAAGCCACACCCCAGCCUGCAGCUUACAGGCGGCGUGUGUCUGGCCAGUGCCGUCGCGGUCGAGGGCACGGUCGCGCACCGGCUUUCCCAAAUAUCCAAGAAGGGCAAGGCGCCGUUACCUCACGGCCUGCCUCCGACUCCAGAGAGGACACCGAGCCCGCCGGCGGCCGCGCAGGGCAUCGUCAAGCGGCAGAUCCGGGUUCAUCACGGCAGCGGCGUCAUGGAGGUGGAGACGUGGACUCGCUCCGACGCCGAGCAGGGACUCGCGAUAGAUAGGUGCAUCGUCUCGAGGACGGCGAGGAGGUUGUUUGAGGGCAAGGUUCUGUAUCAUAUGUCAUGA